AAACAAAUGAGAAGUUCAGUUGUGGGCAACUGUAUCUGAUGAGCGGACUCUUUCUUAAAAGGAUCUUUUUUUGUGUGUGUGCUGCAUUUGCAUGAUCUUAAAGAGAACUGUCGGAGUUGGAACGAUAACACAGAGAAGAUAACAUGGGUGGAAUGAUUUCAAAAUCUACAACCACUCACGAGAAACACAGCACACACUCUACAGUGGCCCCUGUAUCCCACCACCCUGUGACCACUGUUCGGUGCUCUGAGGCCUGUCCAAUCCAGAACAACCUUGAACAUUUGAUCUUAGCCUUUUUUGCUGGGGUUCUACUGACGCUGCUGCUCCUGGCUCUUGUCUUCCUCUUCUUGAAGAGCUACAGAAAGCGUCACUCUCACUCCCAAGCCCUGGAACCUCAGCAAGAUCCCUACUCAGAAAUUCCAGACAAGCCUUCAUCUUCCCAGGAGGCACUCACCUAUGCCAAAAUGACUUUCAAAGUUUCAGAAAAAAAGAGCCCUCACUUGACUGCAAACUCUUCCGCAGACUCAGAUUCCGUGAUCUAUUCUCAAGUUAUAAAGAAAAACUCAUCAUUGCCUUUUCAGUGAGGCUGGAACCCACUUCCUCUCUGAAUUUGGUCUAAAGUCAGGGUUUCUGCUUUUGAAGGAAUUUUGGACUGUGGCCCAGGCGAAAUUAGGUGGAGCUGUUUGGGUGGAAUGCAGCAAUGUUAGCCAGCAGUUUGGAAAACCAAGAGUCAAUCUUAUUCCUGGUCCACAAUAAAGAUUACUGGUCCUCCCUACAGGAACCUCAGUCUGUCUCCCUUCAGGGAUAAGACACAUGAGUAUUUACACUAUUAGUGAAUUCUAGUGAAACCCUCACCUCAGACUUGAGAUUAGCAACGGAAGAUAGGGGCUUAGUCUUGAAAGAGUGAACCCUUCACUUGUGAGAGAAGGGAAGAGAAGGGGAAGGGAAGUGAAGGGAGAGGAGGGAGAGUAAUUGGUGCAACUAGAAUGGAAGGCAGUUUGGCUCUAGCUAACCAUGUUUUCAAUUCUACAAAUGUAUCCUAUUUAAACAUAGAGAAAGACAGUCUUAAUUACAACUUUUAUCAGAUUGAUUAAAACUUAGGUUUGUUCUGUUCUAGGCACUAUUCUAAGUGCUUUGUUAUAGGUUGAUGUGAUUUAAACUCGGUUUUCCUGUUUCUGAGUCUGAGCUCCUUAAUGUUUUCCUAAGUGAUUAUGGUUUCAUUUGCUCUGUUAGUAAGACAUCUUUUGGAACUCACUUAAGGAUUGGGGCUGGCUGCCAGAGAAGCAACCACCUGCUUAUAGGAUUGGGAGUUUUAUUCCGUCUUCCUUCCAAUUCUCAAGGCAGAGAAGAAGUGCAAUGAGUCUCCAAUGACCAAAGAUUAUUGAUCAUACCUAUAUAUAAUGAAGUCUCCAAAACUUCCAUCACGGUUUGGUUCAGAGAGUUUCUAGGUUGUAAAACAUAAGAGAUUUGGGGUGAAUAUUGUGCCUUCCUCAUGCAUGUUUUUCUGACUUCCUGAAUUUUGUCCUUUUAUAAUA